AUGUCGGACGCCCUACCUGCUAUCCUCAUCGUCCUCGUUACCAUCCUCUGCCCGCCCGUUGGCGUCUUCAUGAUCAGUGGCUGCUCCGCUGAUCUCAUUAUCAACAUCUGCCUCACCCUCCUUGGCUACAUCCCAGGCCAUCUCCACGCCUUUUACCUUGAAUAUGUAUAUUUCGACCGACGAGAGAAAGGCCGCCUUGGACAAAUUGGAUCUGAUCCUGCUCCGGGAGUUUACUCCGACAACAUUCAAACUGGUGGCACAAGGGGCUACGGCACCGUUUGA